AUUUCUUUUGACCUCACGUCCAAGUUUCCAGUCUCCCCACGUCCUCUUUCCAUGGGAUUGACUGAUACCGACUGGUUGACCGACUUUGACCUUUACAUCAAUCCGUCCAGUCAAUAACUCUUCGCAAGACCACUCUCGUCCGACCCAACUGGACAAAAUAGCACAGCGCAGCGCAGCAUAUAAUUUUCCGGCAUUGCGGCCUCUCCCUCCGCCUCCUCCCUCCGGUCCUCAAUUAUCUUGGUCGGCGAAGAUUGCGAGAAUGAGCAAGGAAGUGGACGCGUGGCAGGACGAGUGGACCGAAGUAGCUGAUAAACACCCGACAUCUCCUCCUCCCACUGGCGAAUCCAACGUGGCCGGAGAACCGAAAAAGGUCUCGUCGAAGGUGACCAAGGCGCAGCGGCGGGCGCAACAGGCCGAGUUCAACAGACAACUAUGGGCGGAAGCUGAAGGCCCCCAAGAGACAAACUACUUUUUGGAAUCGCGCAAUGUCGUACCUCUACGCUCCGAAUUCAAGCCCCCGCCGAUCCUGUUGUCGCGAAAAGGCCCCAUCAUCCAGAAACCGCCCAAGCCGCCUACGAGUGGUUUACAAGCAUUAGAUCUGAAUGGCAACAAUAAAACAGCAGCGGAGGAGUCGUCGGAGGACGAUGAAGACGAAGUCAAAUCCCGCGAACAGACUCUGGCGGAACGUCAGGCGCAAGCGGCGCGAGAGCGCGAGGAGAAGCAGCGCCGGUACGAUGAGAGGCGACAGGAGCUUUUUGGACCGAAUACAGGGCAGCAGGGAAGCAGUACUAAGAAUAAUAACAGCAUACAUUCUUCUCAGCAGCAACACCAGCGUUACCAACAUUCAGGGACAUCAACGCCUUCGAGUCUCACGCCGCCGGGGUCAAGGUCGGCCACGCCGAAUCGAGCUCGAAUGCGAGGCGGAGGAGGUGGGGGUGGUGGAGGGCGACGUGGAGGAGGAACCGCAGCAGGAGGACAUGCCAUGUCCUCGAGGACGCGGUCUCGAGGAUCGCCAUCGUCGCAGUCAUCACAACAACAGCAGCAGCAACAAUCACAAUCACAACCAACUCGCGACCGUGAACGUGAACGUGAAUUAUACGACCCAUCAUAUGCCCCUAGACCGGAUUCAAAUUGGGGAGUUAUAUAUGACCAACAACAUCAGCAGCAGCAACAGCCACAACAGCGUUACGAAAAUGCAUUUGAUGGUAUGAUGACGGGAUCAAAUCCAGGAAUAAUCUCGUCUUCGAAUUCGACUUUUAGCUCGAGUUCAAGGUUGUCGAAUCUCAUUCAAUCUCCCGACCUGUAUGCAUCCCAGGCGCCGCCGCAGCAACGGCAACAGCCGCAGCAACCUAUUCGCGAGCCUCGAGGACCCGAUGGAUCUGGAAGAGGAGGGUUUGGAUUUUCUUCGGCAUCACAACAAUCAUCACGACUCGGACCUCGUGUUGUUCAGCGUACGCUAUGAUGGACGGAUAGAAUAGACGCUGCACAGUGCUGUACUGUUUGUAGAUACAGUACCCUGUGAUGCGUUAGACACCUAGAGUAUACCUAGGUAUAUCGUAAUCAUCUUUAGUAUCCACAAGGACGGACGGUCUAUCAGUCAUAUGCCAUGCCGUGCCGUGCAAUAAAAUGCCUUCAGAUUGGGAACACACAG